AUGCCCCCGUGCACCCGCCGUUCACGGAGCAGCACCCCUACGAGGCCUGGGACCCCCGCGCCAUGCCCGGCGACCUGGGCUUCGGCCUCCGGAUGGUGGACGGCGUGGUGCACGUCUACACCAAGCAGGACGUCACCGACAAGAGCACAGAGCUGGACCUGCCCUACCCCGACCUGCAGGAGUUCAUCGCUGACAUGAACUUCCUCAUGGCUUUGAUCAUUAAUGGCCCCAUCAAAUCCUUCUGCUACCGGCGCCUGCAGUACCUGAGCUCCAAGUUCCAGAUGCAUGUGCUGCUCAACGAGAUGAAGGAGCUGGCGGCCCAGAAGAAGGUGCCCCACCGCGACUUCUACAACAUCCGCAAGGUGGACACCCACAUCCACGCCUCGUCCUGCAUGAACCAGAAGCAUCUCCUGCGCUUCAUCAAGCGGGCCAUGAAGAAGCACCUGGACGAAAUCGUCCACGUGGAGAAGGGCAAGGAGCAGACGCUCAAGGAGGUCUUCGAGACCAUGAACCUCACUGCCUACGACCUCAGCGUGGACACGCUGGACGUCCACGCGGACCGCAACACCUUCCACCGCUUCGACAAGUUCAACGCCAAGUACAACCCCAUCGGCGAGUCCAUCCUGCGGGAGAUCUUCAUCAAGACGGACAACCGCGUCGCGGGGAAGUACUUUGCCCACAUCAUCAAGGAGGUGAUGUCCGACCUGGAGGAGAGCAAGUACCAGAACGCCGAGCUGCGGCUGUCCAUCUAUGGGCGCUCGCGCGACGAGUGGGACAAGCUGGCCCGCUGGGCCGUGAACCACCGCGUUCACUCCAACAACGUGCGCUGGCUGGUGCAGGUGCCCCGGCUCUUUGACGUCUACCGGACCAAGAGGCAGCUGGCCAACUUCCAGGAGAUGCUGGAGAACAUCUUCCUCCCCCUCUUCGAGGCCACCAUCCACCCAGCCCAGCACCCGGAGCUGCACCUCUUCCUGGAGCACGUGGACGGCUUCGACAGCGUAGACGACGAGUCCAAGCCGGAGCAUCACAUCUUCAACCUGGACAGCCCCUUGCCGGGCAACUGGGUGGAGGAGGACAACCCACCCUACUCCUACUACCUGUACUACAUGUACGCCAACAUGACCGUGCUCAACCACCUGCGCCGGUAAGCGGGACCGGGGCGGGCGCGGGGCCGCCCCGCGCGGCCCUUUGGCUCCAGGUGUCCCCGCGGGUCGCGCUGAGCCCGCUGUGCCCUCCAGGCCCCCGUGCUGCAGUACCUCUACUACCUGGCGCAGAUCGGCAUCGCCAUGUCCCCGCUCAGCAACAACAGCCUCUUCCUCAGCUACCACCGCAACCCGCUGCCCGAAUACCUGUCGCGGGGGCUCAUGGUGUCCCUGUCCACCGAUGACCCCCUGCAGUUCCACUUCACCAAGGAGCCGCUCAUGGAGGAGUACAGCAUCGCCACGCAGGUGUGGAAGCUGAGCUCCUGCGACAUGUGCGAGCUGGCCCGCAACAGCGUCCUCAUGAGCGGCUUCUCCCACAAGGUGAAGAGCUACUGGCUGGGUCCCCACUACCUCAAGGAGGGCCCGGAGGGCAACGACAUACGCCGCACCAACGUAGCCCCCGACUAUGACAAGAGCCAAUGGAUCAAGGAGAAGGAGAAGCUGGGAUUGGACUUCCCCAAUCUCCCCUACUUCAUCGACGGCAAGACCAAGCUGACGCAGAGCAACGCCAUCCUGCGCUACAUCGCCCGCAAGCACAAGAUGUGUGGUGACACGGAGGAGGAGAAGGUCCGCGUGGACAUGCUGGAGAACCAGGUCAUGGAUUUCCGCAUGAGCCUCGUCAUGGUCUGCUACAACCCCGAGUUUGAGAAGCUGAAGCCGGGGUACCUGGAGCAGCUGCCAGGGAAGCUGAAGCUCUUCUCCAACUUCCUGGGGGACCGCAAGUGGUUUGUGGGGGACAAGCUCACCUUCGUGGACUUCCUCAUGUUCGACGUGCUCGACCAGAACCGCAUCUUCGAGCCCAAGUGCCUGGAGCCCUUCAAGAACCUGCAGGACUUCAUGGAGCGCUUCGGGGCCCUGGAGAAGGUGGCUGCCUACUUGAAAUCCAGCCGCUUUGCCAAGAUGCCCAUCAACAACAAGAUGGCCAAGUGGGGCGGCAAGAAGGAGUAGGGGCGCAGCGUGGGGUGAG